GUCGUGAAAAUUUCGCAAUUUCGCGCAGCGUUUGUGUUUUUCCGUGCCUAAUCUAGUGGCAAUAGUUGCAGCAGUGAUUGCACCGCUGGAUUCGUGCGUUUUUCCGUACCAAUAUCAUCCGUGUGCGUUGGAAGGAUUUGAAAGUGAUUUUUCGUACCACAGAUCCCACGGGGGCACCCAUUGAGUAUGUAAACUUGAGAAGAGAAGAAAUAGAAACAUUCAGCAGCCCCGCCGUGGAAAUGCAGAAGAGGAAGCAGCGGCAGCAGCAGGAAAGGAUGCGAUGAAAGUGGUGCAGGAUGGUGUUCCGGAUAAGUGCUUGCUGAGUGUUGUGUCGGAGAAGUUGCGAAAGGAAGACAGAAUAUCCGUACACACACGCCCAGUCUGGAGGUGAAAUAUUCCGCAAUAUUUUAGCGGAUCACUUCCGGGCAUCGGUAGCGCCCUGUGGGGUGUCGGAAGUUUGCUUGGAAUAAAAACCAUAAGUGGUACGCACCUUCCGAUGAUGAUUUAUUGAACAACAUCAUCAUUGCUUCGAUUGGUUCGUAGAGUGGAACAGUGGAAGAUUCCAGCAGCGCCGCUCGGUAGCGCGUAUACGCAGAGCGAGACACAGGAUUGAAGGUUUCCCCUCGCAACAGUCGACCAGCUGCGACCGGUUGCGGACGACCGAAGAGGUCUAAAUUCCAUCCAAGAACCACGCCAACGCCAUCCACCCACACACACACGUAGACGAAAAACCACAGUGGAAGAAGAAUGUUUCGGUUGCGCUAAGACUGCAACGAUUGCCAAAUCUUUGAGAAAAACUCGAACACUGAGUUACUCGCGCAUUCCCCGGUUAAUAUAGAGUAGCACAAUCGUGUUCGUAAUAUCCCUAUCCUGAGCAUUUCCUUUCCUCUUAGUUCAUUUUCGUUUCCUCCAAGUUUUCUGAAUUUCUGCCUUUUUUUGUUUGAAUUUUGAUUUAUUUUUGCAAUUCCCUCACUUUUGGCUUUGUCGCAUGAUUCAUAACUCGUACUUGGUGUGCCGUUCGCUAUAAUGUAUUGGCCCGAAGAUCCUCUAAGUGGUGAUAACUAUUUCAACGCUCCGACCAGCCAUCAAACUUAUAUUAGUGAGAAGAACGAAGAACAUCACAACCGCCGUCGAGUCCCAACUAAAAGAGAUACCGUUCACUAUCAGGGCGAUUUCGGUAGCGAUUCGAUAAUAGCGGCAAACAGUUUUUCCAACGACGACAGGAAGACAUCCCUAGCGGCGACCAGUCGCGUGUUCGGAAAUCAAAUUUCCGCGAACUGUUAGUUAAUAUUUGUCAUAACUUCGUUUCUUCUUGUCGCACGCUUGCGUCGUUGUUUAUCUAGAAACUGGCGUUUCACGUUUCGCUCUGCAGUAACUGUUAGAAGUAACGUUUGAUCCAUUUUUUGUAUCUUAUUGCUCUUUCGGAAAAGUUUCGGGAAGGUUACUGAACGUCCUUUUUAAUAUCGUUUCUUAAUCUCAAAAGACUUCAUUGAAAAAACCUAAAUACCAAAAAUUUGAAACUCGACAGAACUGUUGUAAUCUUAGUGAAAAGCCAUUUUUUGUAUUCGUUCGUUAUAAUUAAUAUUAUUAUUAUUAUCUCUAUCAUUAUUGACCUUUUCUCCCUCACAACCCCAUUCGGUCUCGACUUUUUGGCGCAUUUUAUUUUUAUCCAAAGAUUCUGAAAACUUUUCCUAGUCCCCUACUGAAAUCAUUCUUGGAUGUCAGGAGAACUUUUGACCCACGUAGUAACUAUACAAACUAUUGCUUUCCUAUCCUCCCGAACAUCGAACCAACAACAACAGCACAGAAGAGAAAGAGAGAGACAGUUUGAAGCAGUUUGAAAGUUUUCCUCUCCCCCAGAGAAGGUGAUCCCACGUGUCAAACGUCGCCGGUCGUGUGUGUUAAUUUUUUUGGUUUCAUUUGUUUCCGCCGGGAGUGUGUUUGAAGUUAUUCACCACCAUCGACGCCGCAGCCACCCCCCACCACCACCAAGUGAAAGUAUUUCAGCUUUGACAUAAGCGCUGAAAGUGGGAAAAAAAGGAGUGAAAACAGUGGUGGCUGCUCCCCUGGUUGUGUGCUCCUUGAGAAAGCACUAGCUGACAUAUAGGAUUUGCAUCCGGAGUAUAGGAGAGCAGCAGCUGCUCGGUGCGCUUGGUGAAAGGAAUCAGGAGAGGUGAGACUUCACUCGGCAUCGGAUGAACAACACAUAUACCCGAAUUAUGCCGCAAUAAUGCUGUACAAAUGGGAGCAACAAAAAGAGCAUGUUUUAGCAGAAGCAAUUCAGCCCAGGCAACGUCAUCUGUAAAUAGCCAAGAUUCACAAAGCACUCAAAGUACGCGAAGCUCGACAAAUUCCAACAACAACCGAGUGCGAAGAUUGCGCUCAGCUAGUCAAUCAACUUCGAAUCUAAACAAUAUCAACAACAACACUAGUAGUAGCAGCAGCAGCAGCGGCGUCGGCGGGGGCACUAGCAGCAACACCUCCGGAACCAGCGCCAACAGUGUGAACAACAAUAGCCGCCAUCCGACACGCAAUCGGUCAUCUGGUGCCGCCGGGACAAAUACUGCAGCAAACACGGGUGGACUAAUCUCAAGAGUGUUCGACAGUAGUAGCACAACAGCAGCAGCGACGUCGCAAACGACGGCGGCCGGUAGCAGCAACAACAACCGUGGGUCACCGGGUGAGAGGAAGCCAUCGUUAGUCGGCAACACCAACAACGGCAAAAACGAUGACAAGAUGGAUGAGAGAAGGCAAUCGCAACCGAAAACUCCUACCAAAGCCCAACAGCAGCGAGAGUCCACGCCAAGCGGCCGGAAGAAAGCGAUGGCUGAGCAGCAACAACAGCAGCAGCGGCAGUCGAGUGCCGACCGGGGAGACCAGGAGUCAUCGCCUCGGAAGCAACGACAGCUGCAGCAGAAUCAAAAGACAGCUUCUUCGACGCCGGAGAAGACGGAACUACCCUAUCUGGAAACGAAGCCUCGAACCAAGGCGCUCACCAACGACUCCGGUAUAGACGGCGAGCACCAGCCGCAUCCGGACGAGGAACCGGAGGAGAACCACCGCGAGGUGCCGAUGGUGGUCGAACGGAGGCGAUUGAACUCUGCGAUGGAGACCAGCUCGCCGGACGGGCUGAUGGGUUCCCGCCAGCAUCUGGACUCCUCGGAGUCGGACGGUUCGCUUGGUCGCACCAACCUGCGCUUCAUCCGCAAGAGCCUGGAGAACACGCUGGCCGUCGCGUACUCGAAGAAUUUCAUCGACAAUGACACCAUCGAGACGGAGUAUCCACGCAACCUGGACGACAACAUCGAGAUCCUCAGCCGUGAGGCGGAGAACCUGGCGAUGCAGUUCAAACCCUCCGAGGAGAAACUGGUACAGUAUGGGCCCAUCUUUGAUCUGGAAAAGUUCGAGGAGCAGCGCAAGCAGCAGAAAAAGGAGGACGACGAGGACGAAGCGAUUGGUAUAUCGCCAUGCGGUCGGUUUCUGAAGUAUGACAAGGAGGUUGGGCGGGGAUCGUUCAAGACGGUUUACCGGGGGUUGGAUACCCAGACCGGGGUGGCUGUGGCUUGGUGCGAAUUAUUGGAUAAGAAAGUAAACCGAGUGGAGAGGGCUCGAUUCCGCGAGGAAGCGGAGAUGUUGAAAAAGCUUCAGCAUCCAAAUAUUGUGCGUUUCUACAAUUACUGGGAGUCGCCACCAAUUGCGGGAAAUAAAAAGAAAAAUAUUGUUCUUGUCACGGAAUUGAUGCUGUCUGGUACCCUUAAAUCCUAUUUGCGUCGCUUCAAGAAGAUCAACCCGAAAGUGCUCAAGUCCUGGUGCCGACAGAUCCUGAAGGGGCUCCAUUUCCUACACUCGCGCGCACCGCCCAUCAUCCAUCGUGAUCUCAAAUGUGAUAAUAUAUUUAUAACCGGAACCACGGGAAGCGUCAAGAUUGGCGAUCUUGGGUUGGCCACGCUAAAAAAUCGCAGCUUCGCCAAGUCGGUGAUCGGCACGCCGGAGUUUAUGGCACCGGAGAUGUACGAGGAGCACUACGACGAGGCGGUCGAUGUGUACGCGUUUGGGAUGUGCAUGCUGGAGAUGGCCACCAGCGAGUAUCCGUACAACGAGUGCAACACGCCGGCGCAGAUCUACAAGAAGGUUACGUCCGGCAUCAAGCCGGCCAGCUUGGAGAAAGUUGAGAAUCCGGAAGUGCGGGAGAUUAUCGAGCGAUGUAUUCAUGACAAGAAGGAGGGCAGGCCAACGUGCAAGGAACUGCUGAACUGUGAGUUCUUCUGCGAAGAUAUCGGGGUGCGGCUGGAACCCAUUUCGAAGGACAGUUUCAUUUUAAAUCCGGACAACACUCGGAUGGAGUUCAGGCUGAGGAUCAUGGACCCGAAGAAGAGAGUGAACAAACACAAGGAGAACGAAGCGAUCCAGUUUGAUUUCGAUACACGAAUGGACGAGGCGGACGAGAUUGCCAGUGACAUGUAUAAGAGUGGGAUUUUGAUGGAAGAGGACUCGAAAACGGUUGCGAAAAUUCUAAAGGUGCAAAUUCAGACAAUGUUGAAGGAAAAGGAAGAGCGGGCGAGACAGGUUCAGUUGGAAAAGGAAACGGAGGCGCUACAAAAGCAAGCAAUGCUGGCUCAGCAACUUUACGCAAGUCAGCAGAGUCAAAUUGAGGUCGAAGGGCAACCAAUGGAAUUGCACGUUCCACAGAUGGUUCAGCAGCAAGGUGUUCCCAUUCCCCAAACGCAGCAGCAGCAACAACAACAGCCACAAGCUUUCUAUCAGGCCGCAUCGCUGCCCACUUCGCAGGCGCAGCAUAUUAUUUUCCAACAACAACUAUCCGCACCUGUUGGAAAUGAUCAAAUCAUGGCAGGCUACCAAAACCAAGCCGGCGGUCAGUUUAUAAACCAACAAGCCCAACAACAUCAGUUCCUUAACCAAAUGCCUCAAAUCCCACCCCAAAUGCAGCAACAACCCGUUGUCCAAGCCGUUCAACAGCAACAAGCACCACAGCAAGUAUUCAUCGAUCCCCAACAGCAGCAACAGUAUCUGCAACAAAUGCAGCAACAACAAAUUCUGAUUCAGCAAAUGCAGCAGCAGCAACAACAGCAACAACAGCAACAACAGCAACAACAGCAACAACAGCAGCCACAAAUGACUAUUCAACAACAAAACACCGUGCAGUAUGUAAAUCAACUUUCACAGCAACAGCAACAAGUCAUACAACAACAGUUGCUCCAACAACAAUUACUCCAACAACAACAACAGCUUCAGCAAUCUGCUGCUAUUCACGAGCAAUAUCCUACUCUGGAACAACAACUGCAGGCAGUUCUACCUAUUCAGCAUCAUCCCCAACCACAACAACAACAGCAGCAGCAGCAACCGAUUAUUCAAAAUCAACAACACUUCCAGCAGCAGCAACCCCAAAUGGUUAAUGGCCAGACCCUACAGACAGCUCAACUCCAGCAGCAACACCAACAGAUACAUCUUCAACAACAAAUUCAAGACCAAAUGCAACAUCAACAACAUCAUAGUAUGCCAAAUCAAUCAAUUAACGUUAUCCAAAAUGGACCCCAGACUGUACUAAACCAUCAGCAGAUCAAUAAUUCUCAACCCCAACAGCAGCAGUUCGUUGCACAGCAAAUAGUUAAUCAUAUGCCGCAACAGGCCCCGAUUCAGCAGCAAGUAGUUCAGAGUGCACCACAACCAAUUCCGCAAUCCCAAGUAGUUCAACAACAGCUUCAGCAACAGCAACAACAACAACAACUACAGCAGCAACUUCAACAGCAACAAAUUCAACAGCAGCAGCAGCAGGCGCAACAACAGUUGCUACAACAACAGCAACAACAGCAGCAGCAGCAACAACAACAAUUACUACAACAACAAUUGCAACAGCAACAACAACAACAGCAGCAGCUACAGCAACAACAGCAGUUGAUUCAGCCAGCCCCAAUCGAGAACCAUAUUCCCGAACAACAGCUCCGGUCAGAUUCCCUGCCUAAUGCCACCACCACCACCUCCUCGGAAAUGUCCCAACAAGCCCACAUUUCAUCCCAAUCUCAACCGGCUUCGGCUCCCAGUACCCCUGCUCCCGUCCCCCAACAGCAACAACAGGAACAGCAAGGGGUGGUACCUCCCCCGGGACAGCAGGCCGCCAUUCCCAAGCGGCUAACGAACGAGGCAAGCAAGAAGCGCCGCAAUUAUCGCUCAACCGAGCGCAACCCGAAACUGCAGGUGCUGGGCUUCGAGAACAACAUCGUUGAGUGCGAGAUGGAGAACCGUCCGAAGACGAUCACGUUCAAGUUCGACGCCAACAAUGUGAAUCCGGUCGAAGUGGCCCAGGAUUUGGUGUCGAAGGAUCUACUGACCGAGGCACAGAGUUUGGUGUUCAUAGAGAUGGUACGCGACAUUCUGCGCCAGCUGAAGGAGAACCCAAACCAGCUACCGGUGGCGUCCCAGUGCUGUCGCAGGAAUACCGAGAAGGUGCGCCACGCAUCUCUGACACGCCAGCGUUCGAACUUUAAAACACACCAGAGACAUAGAUCACGCGAUGAAACCUCGACAACCGCGUCGAACUUUUCGCAUAUGUUCGACCCGACGAUCAUUGACCGGCAGGCGCUGGCCACCGCCGUUUCCAGCACUACAAAUUCUUCGACUUCUUCGUCGCCAAUGUCUCAGCAGCAACCGGGUGGCGUGCCCGCCUCCGGCACCAAUGGAGACCUGCAGAAGACGUUCUCCGUCGAGAGUAACAGCAGCGCUACCGCCGGGAUGAACGGUGGAUCGGAGGACCACGGCUCGAAGGGGGAUUUGAAGGAUAUUGUAACGAUUGGCGGAGAUCUGGGCGCGGGAACGGGCGAGUUGACAACGGUCACCCACGUGGUGAUGGACGAUGGAAACAAUGAGAACAACAGUAGUUGUGAUGAAAACUCGCGGAAAACAAGCACUAUCAGUACCGAUUACACAUCGCACGAGAACACCCCGGAGAAUACGAUUACGUCGGGCAGUCAUAUGCAACAGCAUUUCGUUUAUAAUGAUCUUGAGCGGGAUCCGAACACACCGACUGCUGCCGGUGUUACAGCUUUGGCCUCAAACGACGCCCAGGAAAUGGAGGGGGUAGACAAAACUGAUCAGUGUGUUAUUACAGUGCCAUCAGCCAGUAGCGAAGAGAUUAAUGAGUCUGCUAACACUACUACUAACAGUAACACUGAAAUUUCUUCUAGUCAACAAGAACCUGCUUCUGCCACAUGUACAACUAUUCCAACUAAAGUUACUCCUGUCACUACUUCUGUUGCUAUGGACUCGCCUACUGUUGAGAACAAGCAGCCAAUGCGUGAGAGGAAAAUGUCUAGAUUUUCAGUAACGCCUGUUGUUCUGCCCAGCGAUGAUGUCAAACCAGCUGCCGUUGAGUCGCCUCAACCACCACUGCAAAGCGAAGUAUUGGAAGCUGCUCCAACACUUGUUGCUGAGCAACAACAACCAGAAAUUGUAGCGGAACAACAGAUGGUGGUUCAACAGCCGAAUGAAAUUCUUCAACAACAGAUUCUUAUCCAACAACAACAACAACAAAUGGAAGUUUAUCAACAAAUGCUACUAGAGCAGCAAGCACAACAGGAAGCAGAACUAAUUGCCCAACAACAGUAUCAGCAGAUGCAGUUGCAGCAGCAACAACAGCUUCAGAAUGAUAUAGCUUUGAUGCAACAGCACCAGCUGCAGCUUCAACAACAACAACCGCAACCGGGACAGUUCGUCUCGGAGAUGACAGCGGCAGAGGUUGAACUACAACAGCAACAAAUCUUUCAACAACAAUUGCAACAGCAGCAAUACCAACAAGCGCUUGCUCAACAGCAGCAGCAACAACAACAAGCACAACAACAAAUCCAACAGCAGCAGCAGCAAUGUCAGCCUACGAUUUCAACUCAAUCCUCCGUUGAUCAUGUUUUGCCUAGUCGUAUGCCGGAAACACUAGAACAAUUGAAAAUUGGUCUAGAAAAUAUAACACACGUACACGUUAUUACGAGUAAAACUUCCUCCACUAGUCUAUCAAGCUCAUCUACGCACUCAGUCCAACAGCAACAGCAAACGGUCCAGCAGCAGCAGCAGCCAUUGCAACAACCAAUCGAUCCACAGCUUCCGCCCAGCGAACAGUUCGUCCAGCAGCAAUUCUACCAGGCACAGGAAUAUAUACCCGAAUCCCAACCAGAAGUAGCCCAAGAGUAUGCAAUUGAUGGAAAUGCUGCAGCGAUCAUAGAUCAGCAGCAUCAGCAACACCUACUUCAUACGCUGCCGUCGUCCCAGGAAGCCUCGGUGUACAGCACGAGACGGACAUCGGCGGAUAUGAAUGUGCAAGCGAGUGAGGGUGGUCAACAGCAUCCGCAACACUCGCAGAACCAGCCAGGUUCGAUACCAAACUCUGUCAUGACAGCGAGUGGUGCAGGAAGUGAUGCAAGUACUCCAAAUUUGCGCGACCAGGACAAACGACUAUCCAAUCAGGGCAGCGUGGAUCGGAUAGAUAGUUCUGGAAACAACACUUUGGCCGAUUUGCAUCAUAAACUAGCUCAACUGACGUCUGCUCAGAUCAAUGAGCCAGUAAUGCAACAACAACAACCAAAACCCCCUCAGCUCGCUGCUUUCGAGCAGCAGCAGCUACAGACACAACAAAACUCAACGGUGACCAGCCCCUCGGUAGAAUGUCCCGAGCCAAAAUUCCCCAAUGACACGAAGCCGAUAAUUCGUAAGGUAUCUCGCUUCCAGGUACAAACCGUACAAGAAUCUCCCAAAACAGAUCAAUCACAACAACAACCGGCCCAAUCGCAGCCGCAGCAACCGCCGCUGGUAAACCCGAAUGAUACUCAGCACACCGCUGCUCCUCAGCAGCAGCAACAAAUACAACAGAAAACCAACUACUCAUCUCCCACGGACGAGAAAUCCUGUCAAACGUUCCCCACUCAGCCACCUCCCACGCAGCACCAACUACAGCAGAACAUUUGCGAAGUUCCAACAGCAAACGAUUUAGAAGCCAAACUCAAUUUAGUGCUACCGAAAACGCCUAACGUAGAAAGCGUUCAACCCAACUUUACUGCUGCUAUACAGCAACAACAACAGCAGCAACAGCAACAACAACAGCAGCAACAGCAACAACAACAGCAACAGCAACAUCAACAACAAUUGCAGCAACAACAGCAACAUAUGCAGCAAAUCCAGCAACACAUACAACAAAUCCAACAGCAUCAACAGCAGCAGCAACAACAACAACAACAACAGAUGCAACAUAUUCCUACCCAGCAGCAGCCAAUGAUUCCGAUAGUUCCUAUUCAACAGCAGGUGCAAAUUCAGCAACAGCAGCAGCAGCCACCAAUGCCACAGCAAAUCAUGCAGCAGACAGUAUUGCAUCAGCAACCACAACCGCAGCAGCAGCAACAACAACAGUAUCAACCAAUUCAGCAACAGCAGCUCCAACUUCAAAUGCAACAACAUCAGAUGCAACAGCAGAUCCAGCAACAGCAGCAAAUUCAACAGCAACAACAACAGCAAAUCCAGCAACAGCAGCAAAUUCAGCAACAGCAACAAAUUCAACAACAACAGCAGCAGCAGCAGCAACAGCAAGUGGCUCAGCAGAUGGUCCCAGCUUCGCUGCCAAUAGUUACCUCAAUGGCGCAGCAGAUGGUGCCGGUGCAAAAUACCAACAGUACCGUCGCUGUCUACUCCGAGCAGAACGCCUUGGAAUCCUUCAGCAGUGAAGACAUUGGUCAGAAUCUGGUGUCAAUCCAGAAUUUUCUCCGGGGUAUGCAGUUGAUGCCGAGCGCAAGACAGCAGCUACAGCUGCUGCUUCAGCGUCAACACAUCGAACACGAAGAGCUCAAGCUUCGGCACUUCCUCGAGCUGGAGAAGUUUCUCAAGCAGCAGAAAGAGGAAAUGAAACCACCGCCGGUGGUACCGGCCGUUCAAGCUGCUCCGGUUGCAGCAACGCAGCAACCGCCACAGCAGCAGCAACAGCCACCGCCGCAACAACAACAACAACCGCAGCAACAACAACUCCAGCAACAGCCUCCGCAACAACUCCAGCAACAGCAGUCGCAGAUACCAGUAUCGAUGCAAGCACCAGUGCCUAUGCAUCAACCCUCGGCUAUAGCGGAUAUCACAUCUCCCACAUUGACCGUGAGUCGAGGGUUCGAUCAAAACACGAUCACGACGGCUUCCUACAGUAACUACAACAACCCGAUUGGCGAUGGGAAUAUGAACAUCAACAUCGGCGCUGGUGGUGGCCCCGGGAUCGAACCCGAUCCAACGCUUGCAGUCGUUAACGAAACGAAUAAGUAGAUGCCAACCGACUUGUUGCAAGCAAUAGAAGACAGUAGGAUAGUGUAUACGUAGCGGGCCAUUUUUAGGUGUUUAUCUUCCUAGAGGAGUUCACUGCUAGUGGAAAAAAACGAGAACUGUUUUAUAUUUAUACAUUAGAAGCAAGCCACAUUUUCUUGGCUUUUUCUUCCCCGGGGCUGCUGGUUGGCUGCUGCAAGGGCAAAAGGCACUCAUCCCAAUCAAACCAAUUGUUGAACUGAUCGAAUCCUAAUGUCACCGAUACGAUGGUCGUGUGGAGUGUUCAAUGAUUCUGAUGAUCUAAAAAUUACACCUGCGCACGCACGCACGCACCGUUUGGAACACGCAACGAUUUCAUUCCAAUUUUUCAAAAUUUAUCGCUGCGAUCUCAGCCCCUUGUUGUUCCGCCUGAUUCGAGCCUCUCCCGUUCCCAAGAAUAUGUGGGUAGGUGUGCGGGAUUGGGGCCCCGGUGAGUGCUAUCGAGCAUAUAUGGGGUGUUUCUACAUGUUGUCCCAAUGAAGAGAGAUAAAGAAAAAGAAUCUGCUGGACGGUUUUUCAAAGAUAAAAAUACAUAGAAGAUAUUGUUGUUACUCGUAUAGAAAAAAGUGGUAUUUACUCACAAGAAAUUAAAACAAAACACAGACACCCACACACUGCGCAAACAGAUGAGAAUUGUAAAGAGGAAACAUAAUUGUGUAUAUUUUAUAUUCGAAUAACUAAUCAUAACUGAUAGGCGCUUUAUUUUCAUAGACGAAAAAAAAAUUAUGCUGCAUGCAGGUGAAAGAGAGACACGUUGAAGGGGGGAACUGAAUGAUGGUAGGAAAAGGAGAAACAGGUUCUAGGGGAAAAGAUUCAAAAAAGGAUUUUGAUUGUAUUCGCGAAUUGUGCACCCAAUGGGAAUUACAUAAAUAUUACUAUUUUGUGAAUUUUGCCUCUCUCCCCCGAUUGAAACAAGCGUUGCUAGUAUUAAUGCUUUCUCACAAAUAUAUACACACACAUUGAGAUAAAAUAGAGAUAAAAACGUUUGAAUAAUUCUUGCGCUUGCUGAGGAACAGUAAAAAAGUGUGUCAUUUCUCCCUCGCAAAGACAGCUUUUACCACAACAAGCUUCAAACGAAAGCGUAGAAGGGAACAGUAGCGAAAUACUAGGACUUCCUGUGUGCCCCCGAAGUUUGGAGUUCCCGCAAGGGUUUAGGUGUUACUCAGAAACUUCGCGGGAAACAGGACUACUGAAAUAGUGUUGACAAUGAAUAAACUGUAUGUGUUUGUUCGGAAAGAAUUGAUAACGCUAAAAUGAAUUGUGAAAAAGUUGUUGUAUGGGCGAGUGUAUGGUUGAUUGCAAUUAGCAAAAAAAACGGAACUGAUGCGCGAACUGUUGAUGUGGGCGGAGGAAUCGGUAAAACAGAAGGACGUUGGCAAGUGAGUGAGAGAGAGAGUAAAAUAUUCAUCGGCAAAUGACCCACAUUUUGAAGGGUUCCGCAUUACUUUAUUGUAUUAUAUAUUCUAUUCUAUAUUAUAUGGAAGGAAACAUGAUUAAGAUAUUAAAUAUCUAUUGAAAAAGGACAAAAAUGCAGAAGCAGCAAACGCA